AUGGCUUCAUUUCAGACUUUUCGACUUGUGCCGAUGCGCGAAGAGGUCCUUGGCGAGAAGGAUGAAUGGGCGGGUCUGAGCGAUGCGAAAGAGAGAAGAAAGCGGCAGAAUAGGAUCAAUAAGAGAGCAGCUCGGCGGCGCCAGCGACUCACCGAAGCAAAAGAGCACGAAGACCAUUUUGAGCCAGGAAACAGCAGCGGACCUUGCAAAGUGGCUGUAGAUACAGUUACCGCUCCAUCGGCGACUGAUGUUUACUUUCCUAUCACACCAGACUCUCGACUUCUCCAUGUCAUCUCGUUCAACGUCUCCCGCGCCAUCCUAACAAACUACUUCAUAUUAUCCACUAUCCCCCUAGAAACCACGAGGUUCUGCUCCAUAUGCCGUGUUUUCACCUUGCCUGCCCCAGAAACAGGUGUUGAGAUUACUCUACCGGUGUCCUUGAUGCCGACACAUCUCCAAGAGCAAGUACCGCAUCCUGGCUGGGUGGAUCUCUUCCCUUCCCCAAAACUACGGGAUAACCUGAUCCUUGCGCUUCAAGAGUAUGAUAUCGAUGAGGAUGCUUUCAUGUUGGAUUUAGUUGGAGAAGCCUUCGAGAGCCUUUGUCUAACCAGUGACGAGGUUGAAGAGCAAUCCGCCGUGGUUGACCCCAAGGGCAGUGACACUGAGCGUCAACCAGCCCCAGUUGCAAUAACAAUGGGCGAAGGUGAUACUAUUGCAACUGAAAACUUGGCAAAUUCUUGGAUCGGAGAGUCUGGUAUCAUAUCUUGGUCAGAUCCUUGGGAGAUUUCCGGUUGGGAAGUUACCGAGUCAUUUGCAAAGAAAUGGGGGUUUCUCUUAAUAGGAUGUGAAGACGUCGUCAACGCGGCAAACGAGUGGAGAGAGACCAGAGGCGAGAACCCUUUAAAUGUCAAGAUUUAG